UGCUCGCGCAGGCUUUACUUUGUAGGCGUGGGUACACGGAGUCAUCGGAAACUCUGCAAUUAGCUAAGCCGCUAUAUAAAACUGCCUUGGUACUACCUUCUGGUUUAAACUUCUCACUUGCAACUCUAAACUUGGGCCACAGGGAGACCGCAGCAGCAGCCAUGACGACGGAGAGAGUCCGGGGAAGGGCAACCAGGAUUCUGGUUAUCAACCCUAAUUCCUCGCAGGCGAUGACGAACGGUAUAAAAAAGGUCAUCGACGAAGUAGACCUCCCAUAUUCCGUCGAGGUCUUCGCAUACACGGCGCCUCCCAACGCCCCCCUUAGUAUCAACGAUGACGAGGGCAUCCGGGCCAGCUUCACCGCGGUUUCUAGCCACUUCACCGACAGCGACAACUACGACGGUAUCCUAGUCGCCUGCUUCAGCGUGCACCCCCUCGUCAGUGCCCUACAGUCAUCAUUGUCGCUCGGCAGCACCGUCGUUACCGGCGUCUUCGAGGCCGGCGUGGUCGCUGCCCUCUCCCUGAUCUCCCCAGGGUGCAAGUGGGGCAUUGUCACCACAGGAGCCUUCUGGGAAGAGCACCUAACUGCCGGCGUCCAGCGUUUCCUCGGCAUAAGUGUCACGUCUGAAGCCAACACCAAAUUUGCCGGGGUUGAGUCUACGGGCCUCAACGCCUCGGAUUUUCACGACGGCGUCGACCAUGCCGUUGUCGAAGACAAGUUGAGACAGGCGACCCGGCGGCUUCUUUCUCGGAGUGAUGUGACGUGUAUCGUGAUGGGAUGUGCGGGGAUGGCCGGGCUAGAAGACAUCAUCAGGGGCGCUGCGAGCGAGGUCCGAGGGCAGCAUUUUGCAUAUAACCAAUUGUACAUCGUUGAUGGUGUCAGAGCGGGCAUCAUGCAGCUUGAGAACGCGAUUAAGCAGCAGCGGCUACUGCGCAGCCGGUAAGGCCAGAUCCAAUGCAUACCACCUCGCACGUAUAUCCACAAGACGUGACUUCAUUCAUUCGCAGUUAUCCUAGUCUCCCCCCCUCUC